CCGUCAAAAUAACAGUGAAGUUCGCGUGGUUGCCAAUCGUAAUGGCUUUUCGAACAAUGUUAUCUUCGCGAAUCCCUAUGGUGAUUGUUUUGGGUGCUACAGGAACGGGAAAAACCAAAUUAGGCGUAGAAUUAGCCCAAAAAUUUGGUACAGAAAUCAUCAGUGCAGAUUCUAUGCAGAUCUACAAGGGCCUGGACGUGGUGACGGCGAAGGCGACCCCGCUGGAGCGGUCGAUGGCCCCUCAUCAUCUGCUGGACAUUCUGGAGCCGCAUCAGAUGUUUACAGUUGUCGACUUCCGCAGCCGAGCACUCAAGAUUAUAGACAACUUGACAGAAGAAGGAAAGAUUCCAAUAAUAGUUGGUGGCACAAACUACUAUCUAGAAUCAAUAGUCUAUAAGAUACUUGUUGAAGAUAUGGACGACGCCGAAGCUUUGCUUUGGGACAAAAGUAGAAAAAAAAGAGAUUUGGAUGAGAUUGAAGGAAAUGACGAUGUACAAAAUAAGAAAGUAGCUAGAGAAAGUAAAACUGAUACGAAUAAAUUAGAAUUGGAAGAAGGAAGCACAUCUAAGGAACAAGAUACUAGUAAAGACGAACAAGUAACAGAAGUGAGUAAAGAAAAGUUAAAAGAAGAUGUAGAAAAUGAAACGAACUUCACGAAUGAAGAGAUCCAUGCUAAGUUGAAGGCGAUCGAUCCUAUAAUGGCGAGUAGACUGCAUCCAAACAACAGGCGGAAAGUCUUACGGUCAAUAGAAGUAUGGCUGAAGACGGGUCGUCGUCACAGCGAGAUCCUGGAUGAACAGAAGACGACCGAGGGUCAACUUCGGAGACCUGGUGCCACCAUCAUCUUCUGGCUCAAAUGUGAACAGUCAGUUCACGACGUGCGCCUAGACACGAGAGUGGACGCAAUGCUGAAAGAAGGUCUGAUAGAUGAGCUCCUGGACUUCCACGCCAGACACAACCGCCAGAGGAUACAAGAUGGAAAGCCUCCUGACUACACAAAGGGCGUAUUUCAAACGCUAGGCUUCAAAGAGUUCCACAAAUACCUCAUGUUGACUGAGGAACAACGGAACACAGAUGUAGGAAAAGAACUAUUGCAGCAGAGCAUAGAAUACAUGAAGAUUAGCACCAGAAGAUAUGCUAGGAGACAAAACAAAAUGGUCCGAGGAAGAUUUCUUGAACAUCCCAAUAGAGAGGUGCCACCAAUUUACGAAUUGGAUACCACAGAUGUUUCGAAAUGGGACGAAAACGUGAAAAACAAAGCGAUAAAAAUAAUAGAAAGCUUUUUAAAUGAAACGCCUUGCGAAUAUGAGCCAGUGGAAUCAAAAAAUCGUGAAGAAGUUAAAGGAAUAAACACUAAAUCUUCUAACUUCUGUGAAGUUUGCAAUAGGCUCAUCAUAGGAGACAAACAAUAUGGAAUACAUUUGCGCUCAAAUAGACACAUGAAAGUUUUGAAGAAAAAGAAAAAAAUAGAAGAAAAACAGGCUCAAGAUCAGGAUAAGGAAACAAAUCAGAUCAAACAAGAAGCAAAUCAAGAAAAUUAAGACAACUUAAGACAAGAAAAUUAAGAUUCCUUUAAUUUCAAAGACUAUUAAAUGUUUAAUAUUUGAAA